AUGUCUGCUGUGAAACGAGCAUCGAACCAUUCGACGUUAUCGCAGAAGGUGUUUGUGCGAACUUCCAAGGCCGGCAACGCCACCAAGGUCGUUCGAGAGCAAUACCUUCGAGAUGAUAUCCCCUGCUCGUCCCAGGGCUGUCAGUACUGCAAGAACAACCUGUAUGUUGCUGACGCCACUGGAAAGCGACAAGAGCCCAUUCUCGAGACCCAGCCUAACAAAACUACCAAGCGUGGCCCCCAUUACCUCGUUGUCGACACAAACAUUGUCCUGGACGGUAUCGAUCUGCUGGAAAGUGACAAGGGCUUCUAUGAUGUGAUUGUGCCCCAGAUUGUGCUGGAAGAAGUGCGAAACCGAUCGCUGCCUAUCUAUGCGCGACUGCGAGCCCUCACCAAGAACGACGACAAGCGGUUCUACGUCUUUCAUAACGAAUACUGCAAGGACACUGCUGUUGGUCGAAACAAGGGAGAGUCCAUCAACGACCGAAACGACAGAGCCAUCAGAAAGGUGUGCGAAUUUUACACCCAACAUCUUGGUAAGGACUACAACGGGACCGCGCCCGAGGUGGUUCUGCUUUCCAAUGAUGUCAACAACCGAAAAUUGGCAAAGGAGGAGGGAAUCACUGCCCUCGGUCUCAAGGGAUACGUUUCCGAGCUUGUGGACCCCGGCCAGCUCAUCGAUAUGAUCCCUCAGCGAGCUCUUGAGGAGGAGGAGGGAGCCAAGCCCAAGAGCGGCAAGUCCGAGGCGCUUUACCCUGAAUACUACCCCAUGUCUCGACUUCUAGGAGGAAUCAAGAACGGCACUCUUUUCCAGGGAAACCUCACCAUAUCCCCUUACAAUGUUCUCGAGGGUUCCGUUUCCACAAAGGCGUACCCAAAGCCUCUCUUGAUUCUUGGCCGACAGUCUCUCAACCGUGCAUUCUCUGGUGACCAGGUUGUCGUGGAGCUUCUUCCAAAGGACAAGUGGAAAACUCCCUCCACGAGUGUGAUUGAGAGUGAAGAUCUUGCUGCCAAUGAGGGCGGUGAGGAGAGUGGAGACACCGUCAUGAGCGAGUCUGAGCGGAAACUGCUGGCUGACGAUGCCCUCAAGGCCCACAAGAACGAGGCCGAUGCUGCUGAGCGAGUCCAGCCUACCGCUCGAGUUGUCGGUAUCAUAAAGCGAUCUUGGAGAUACUACGUUGGUCACAUUGCUCCUGGCUCAAUCAUUGAUGACGUCUCUCGAGGCCCUCGAUCUGUUCUGGUUGCUCUCAUGGACAAGACUCUGCCCCGAGUUCGAAUCAGAACUCGACAGGCCGCUGCUCUCCAGGGACGACGAAUCGUCGUUGCCGUGGACUCUUGGCCCGCUGACUCUAGACACCCCGAGGGUCAUUUUUGCCGAGACCUUGGUCCCAUCGAGUCCAAGCAGGCUGAGACUGAGGCGCUUCUGCUGGAGCACGAUGUCGAAUACCGACCUUUCACCAAGGCUGUUCUAGACUGUCUUCCCGCCGAGGGUCCCGACUGGAAGGUCCCCCAGGAUCUCGUCAAGGAGGCUGCCGAGAAGGAUCCUCUUGUUGCCAAGCGACGAGAUCUACGACAUCUCAACAUCUGCUCCAUCGAUCCUCCAGGAUGUCAGGAUAUCGAUGAUGCUCUGCACGCUCGAGUUCUUCCCAACGGAAACUAUGAGCUUGGUGUUCACAUUGCUGAUGUCACGCACUUUGUCAAGCCCGACACUGCUCUGGAUCAGGAGGGUGCUUCUCGAGGUACCUCUGUCUACCUUGUCGACAAGCGAAUCGAUAUGUUGCCCAUGCUGCUCGGUACCAACCUGUGUUCUAUUAACCCUUAUGUGGAGCGAUAUGCUUUCUCUGUUCUCUGGGAGAUGACUCCCGACGGCAAGAUUGUCAAUACCGAUUUCACAAAAUCCAUCAUUUCUUCCCGAGAGGCCUUUUCGUACGCAGAGGCUCAGGCGCGAAUCGACGACCCCUCCAAGACUGACGAGCUCACUGAGGGUAUGCGGGUUCUGCUCAAGUUUUCCAAGCAGCUUAAGCAGGGCCGGAUCGACGCCGGUGCACUGAACCUGGCUUCUCCCGAAGUCAAGGUCCAUAUUGACUCUGAGACCUCCGAUCCGGGAGAAGUUGAGGUCAAGGAGCUUCUCGAGACCAACUCUCUGGUUGAGGAGUUCAUGUUGCUCGCCAACACUUCUGUUGCCAAGAAGAUUUACGAAUCUUUCCCUCAGACAGCCAUGCUCCGACGUCACGGAGCUCCUCCUGCCACCAACUUCGAGACCCUCAACGACCAGCUUCGAACCAUUAAGGGUAUGUCCAUCUCUCUUGAGUCUUCCAAGGCUCUGGCAGACUCUCUGGAUAAGUGUAUUGACCCCAACGAGCCCUUCUUCAACACUCUGGUUCGAAUCGUGGCUACCAGAUCCAUGCUGGCUGCCGAGUACUUCUCUUCGGGUUCUUAUGCAUACCCUGAGUUCCGACAUUACGGUCUGGCUUCCGAGAUUUACACCCAUUUCACAUCUCCCAUUCGACGAUACGCUGAUGUGGUUGCUCAUCGACAGCUGGCUGCUGCCAUUGGUUAUGAACCUCUCCACCAGUCCCAUCGAGAGAAGGACCAUAUGGAGUCCAUCUGUAAGAACAUCAACGUCCGACACCGAAACGCCCAGUUUGCUGGACGAGCCUCCAUUGAGUACUUUGUUGGCCAGGCACUCAAGAACGUGACUAAGGAGGAGGAUGCCAUCCACGAGGGUUACGUCAUCAAGGUGUUCAACAACGGUGUCGUUGUGCUUGUGCCUAAGUACGGCCUUGAGGCUCUCAUUCACAUUGACGAUCUUGGAGAUGCUGAGACUGCUGUCUUCAAUGAGAAGGAGUACAAGCUCGACAUUAGCGGUAAGUCCAUCCGAGUCUUUGACAAGGUCAAGGUCAAGGUGGAGUCUUACAAAGACAAGCAGGAGAAGCGAAAGGUGAAGAUGGUUCUUCUUUAG